GUAACAUGUAGCCACUCCUACUAAAGGUGUGUUUUCAAAAUGGCGACCGACUACAGAAAAGUGAAGAUCUUAGUUCUUGGUGAUUCAGGUGUUGGUAAGAGCUCGUUAGUACACGUUAUUACUGAAGGAGAGGUAUUAGCUAAUCCAGUCAGUACAGUCGGCUGUGUGGUUGAUGUCAAAUUACACGAGUAUUCUCGUUCCAUGUCUUCCAGUCCUGUCAGUUUCUUUGUUGAGUUUUGGGAUGUUGGUGGUUCAAUGUCUCAUGAGAAAGGACGAGGUAUCUUCUACCAACAGGCUAAUGGUGUUAUUUUAGUACAUGAUUCCACUAACAGAAAGUCUCACAAUAAUUUAUCAAAAUGGCUGACCGAAUAUCAUCGAUACAAAACUGGUAGAACCGAUAGUCUAGCACCACAGGAUACCAACGAAAGCGGUUUUGAUCCUGAGAAGUUUAUCGAGCAAGAGGUUCCAUUAUUAAUAGUUGGAACUAAAGAGGAUCAAGUGAGUGGGCGGAGGAGCCCACCCACUCAAAGAUCAGGGAACCUAUUAGGAGCAAACAGUAUCACAAUGAAUUGUAAAGAUAUCCAGCACUUCAGUCUCUCGUCCCAGCAGUACAUUGAGACUAUGAAGUUCAUUGAUAAAGUAGUGGAGCACAAGUACUACCCAUCACUGAGACAGUAGACUGGGUCUAGUCUUGAGAGGAGACAGUCUUUCAACAGAAGACAAGCCUUGAACACACAAACUUAAAACUAACCCUCUCCCUCUCUCUCUUUCUCUCUCUCUCUCUCUCUCUCGCUGCAAGAUUUUUAACAAUUAUUAAUGGAAUCAAUUUAUGAAAGAAAGAAA